AAAAGCACAUAGUAGUAGCCCUAAUAAUAAUACAUGAUAUCUGUUGUUGUUACUAAUGGCACCUGAGCUAUUCUGCCAUGGAUUCAAAUUCUUGGUGGCUGUCUCAGGUCUUGACUUUCUGAGGUGGUUGCCAUUUGCUUUUGUGUUUAAACAGAAAGCACGGAAUGCCCGUGGAUCAGUUCCAGAUGUGACAUUGGAAAGCACAGUCCCCCGGCUUCACCGUCCAUCCCUCCAGUACUUCAGGAAGCAUUUUUUGGUUCCCGGGAGGCCUGUGAUCCUGGAAGGCGUGGCUGACCACUGGCCAUGCAUGAAGAAGUGGAGCCUGGAGUAUAUUCAGGAGGUUGCUGGCUGCCGAACUGUCCCCGUGGAAGUUGGAUCCAGGUACACAGAUGAGGAAUGGUCCCAGACUCUCAUGACCGUCAGCGAAUUCAUCAGCACCUACAUCGUGAACGAGCCACGGGACGUCGGGUACCUGGCUCAGCACCAACUCUUUGACCAGAUCCCAGAGCUGAAGGAAGACAUCAGCAUUCCCGACUACUGCUGCCUGGGCAGCGGGGAGGAGGAGGAGAUCACCAUCAACGCCUGGUUUGGUCCCCAAGGAACCAUCUCCCCGCUUCACCAGGAUCCCCAGCAGAACUUCCUAGCCCAGGUGAUGGGGAGGAAGUACAUCCGGCUGUACUCACCGCAGGAGUCAGGUGCUGUAUAUCCUCACGAGACACACCUUCUUCAUAACACGAGCCAGGUGGAUGUGGAGAAUCCCGACUUAGAGAAGUUCCCCCAGUUUGCCGAGGCCCCAUUCCUGUCAUGCAUCCUGUCCCCCGACUUCCCUGGCCCUCUGCCUGAAGACAGGCUGGCAUGUCCCAACAGCGGGCACCAGAGAACACCUCUGCUCCACCGGGUAGGAAGAUCACAAGUUGGUGGACAAUUCUACAGCACUGGUGACAUCACACCAAGUGACCUUGAAAUCAAGAGUCAUUCAUUCCAAAACAAAUCUCAAAAGAAGAAAUUUAGAAGCUCGUAAACCUAAAAAACAUUACAACCUACUCAAAGAUACGCAAAUUGAAACAAAGGUACCUGCUACAUUAGCCAAGGUGUUUCCAACUCUCACCCUCAGUGCUGAGGAGAGUGGGGCUGUCCUCCUGGUGGGGGUCAGCCUGGCAGAAGUUUAGCAAGAACCUUGAGCGUUCGUGCAUGCUUCUGGGUCUAGUGAUCCCUCUACUAGAAACCCAGCUUCAGCAAAUUGCCGCAAGGUGGUUGAGGAUGUAGGUAUAGGGGUGACCGUCACAGCACUGUGAUGGCAGGACACUGGAAAUGUCCUAAAGCAUGUGGGUAAGAAACAGCCCAUCAGUGCUGCGGAAUAUUAUUCAGCCACAGACGCUUAGAAUUCUUAAGGUUAUGAAGAAAUGCUGUGUCGUGUUGAUUAAAACACAUUAUGUUCUUGAGUUUUUAAAUACUGGCCUUUUUGUACACACAUGUGUACAUGUGUGUGUAUACAUGUUCACAUGUGUGUUUAUGUGCAUGCCCACAGAGAAACUGGGGCUGUAUUUAAGCCAAUUGUAAGACUCCAGGUGUUUAAUAUUUCUGUAUAAUUUCAAGUUUUCUCAACAAUGUAAGCAGUAAAAAAUAACUUUAUUUUUAAAACCA